CAACAGAGUCGUUUCUGCCGCGGGCGCGUGAAGGAGGCAUCAAUUUCGGUUCCCAAGCAUCUCUGAGCCCGCAGAGUAGGAAUCAUGAGCAAAGCUCACCCUCCUGAGCUAAAAAAAUUUAUGGAUAAGAAGCUAUCUUUGAAAUUAAAUGGUGGCAGACAUGUCCAAGGAAUAUUGCGUGGAUUUGAUCCAUUUAUGAAUCUGGUGAUAGAUGAAUGUGUGGAGAUGGCAACUAGUGGGCAACAGAACAAUAUUGGAAUGGUGGUUAUACGAGGAAAUAGUAUCAUCAUGUUAGAAGCCUUGGAACGAGUUUAAUAAAUGACAGCUAAUCAGAGAAAUCUGCAUCCCCUCUCCAAAAGACUACUUAACUGUAUACAAUUUGGUCAUGUACAUU